CUGCAGAGUGUUGUGUAGACCAUUCAACCCCAUGUUGAAUCUUUAAUUAGUCUCACCUUCCUCACACUCUUUAGUCCUUAUAAUCUUCCAUCUGAAUCCCGUUUUACACCCUUAUAUAUAUAAAUAUAUCACAGUUGCUUCCAAAAAAGAGAGAAGAGAGAGUCAGGAGAGAGAGAGAGAGGCAUGUCAUGCAGGAAUUGGAACAACAACAAGUAACCAAAUGGGAAGGGUAUGGGAACUGGAGGAACAAGGAAGCUGUCAGAGGCUGCCAUGGCGGCAUGCUCGCAGCCUCCUUUGUUUUGGGUUUUGGUGGAGAUAUUGGAGAAUCUUGCAUUUCUGGCAAAUGCAAGCAACUUGGUGUUGUAUCUAAAGCAUCAUAUGCAUCUUUCUCCUUCCAAAUCGGCAAUCAAUGUAACCAAUUUCAUGGGAUCAGCCUUCCUCCUUGCUCUGCUAGGGGGUUUCUUAUGUGAUGCCUUCUUCACCACUUAUCAUAUCUUCCUCAUAAGUGCUCUUAUUGAGUUCCUGGGACUGAUUGUACUCACUGUACAGGCUCGUGUACCUUCACUAAAGCCACCAAAAUGUGAUGAUCCUGGAACCCAAUGCGAAGAAGUUAUUGGUGGAAAUGCAAUAAUGCUGUUUGGUGGACUCUAUCUGGUGGCUCUUGGGGUCGGUGGAAUAAAGGGAUCAUUGCCAGCACACGGUGCAGAGCAAUUAGAUGAGACCACUACAUCAGGAAGAAAGCAGAGAUCAACCUUCUUCAACUACUUUGUGUUUUGCUUAUCAUGUGGUGCCCUCAUUGCCGUUACCUUUGUGGUAUGGGUUGAAGACAACAAAGGCUGGGAAUGGGGUUUCGCAAUCUCUACUAUCUCCAUAUUUCUAUCUUUCAUAGUUUUCUUGGCAGGUUCUACUACAUAUAGGAAUAAGAUCCCUUCUGGAAGUCCACUUACAACCAUUUUCAAGGUUUUGGUUGCUGCUUCACUUGUUACCUGCAUCUACAGAAAUUCUAGCAGCAGUGCUGUUGUGAAUUUGACUUCAAGCCCUUCUAAUCCACACUCUUGCAGUAAAAAAAGAAAGGAUGAAAUUGCAAAAGCAGAUAAGGAAACCGAAGCCCCAACAAGCACACUCAAAUUUCUCAACAGUGCAGUUGAAAACAAGCCAAUUUAUUCAUUCAUGAAAUGCACCGUGCAACAAGUAGAAGAUGUGAAGAUAGUAUUGAAAUUACUACCCAUAUUUGCAUGCACCAUUGUGCUGAAUUGCUGCCUGGCUCAGCUGUCUACAUUCUCUGUUGAACAAGCCGCAACUAUGAACACAAUGUUGGGUUCCUUGAAGGUGCCACCUGCAUCCUUACCAAUUUUCCCAGUGAUGUUUAUUAUGACCCUAGCACCAAUCUAUGACCACAUUAUCAUACCAUUUGCAAGGAAAGUGACCAAAACAGAGAUGGGCAUCACUCAUCUUCAAAGAAUCGGAAUUGGAUUAGUCCUCUCUAUAAUUGCCAUGGCAAUUGCAGCUCUUGUUGAAGUAAAGAGGAAAACGGUGGCCAUUCAUUCAGGCCUACAAAAUGAUGAAACAAAACCACUACCUAUCACAUUCUUUUGGAUUGCAUUUCAGUACUUAUUCCUUGGUUCUGCUGAUCUUUUCACCAUGGCAGGGUUGAUGGAAUUUUUCUUCACAGAAGCACCAAUUAGCAUGAGAUCUUGGGCCACAUCACUUUCCUGGGUCUCUUUGGGUUUGGGGUACUACCUAAGUUCAGUGAUCGUAUCAAUUGUAAAUAGCAUCACAGGUAGCUCCUCCCACAAACCAUGGCUAUCCGGAGCCAACCUUAACUACUAUCACCUAGAGAGAUUUUACUGGCUUAUGUGUGUUCUUAGUGGGUUGAAUUUCCUACAUUACCUGUUUUGGGCUAUCAGAUACAAAUAUAGAGGGACAGGAACAACUACAACUCAAUGAAGAAAACCAAAUGGAGUUUUGCAAAUGGUACUAUCUACUAUGACUAGCUAUGAGCACUUAAGUAUACAAGGGCAUUGUUGAAAAUCUUGUCAUGCCAUUAUUCCAAUGUAAUUAUCUAUUAAACCCUAAACCAUAUGAGAUUUGCUAAUUUACUCCCACUUGAUUUCGUGAAGGAGUAAGUUAGCAUUCAAAACCUUUUUCUUUUGACAUCACUUGUUUCUCUGUUAGU